CGGGUCACGGCUCUGGGCGGGGCGCUGGUCGCUCUUAAAGGGGCCGCCUCACUCUCAGGCGGGCGCCCAGCGCCCGGGCCGGGGCGAGCGUAUGAACCGUGUGCGGGGUCUGCUGUGCCGGGCCUGCCUCGCGCUGGCCGCGGUCCUGGCUGUCUUGCUGCUGCUGCCGCUGCCGCUGCCCCUGCCCCGCGCGCCCGCACCGGACCCCGGCCGGAUCCCGACUCCCGGUCUGUCUCUCGAGGUCUCCCGCCUGCAGCCCGACGAUGUCUUCAUCGCAGUCAAGACCACUCGGAAGAACCACAGCCCGCGCCUGCGGCUGCUGCUGCGCACCUGGAUCUCACGAGCCCCGCGGCAGACGUUCAUCUUCACCGAUGGAGAGGACCCUGAGCUCCAGCUGCUGGCAGGUGGCCGCCUGAUCAAUACCAAUUGCUCGGCCGUGCGCACGCGCCAAGCUCUGUGCUGUAAAAUGUCGGUGGAAUACGAUAAGUUCAUUGAAUCCGGACGGAAAUGGUUCUGCCACGUGGAUGACGACAACUACGUGAACCCCGAAAGCCUGCUGCACCUGCUUUCCACCUUCUCUUCCAACCAGGACGUCUACCUGGGGCGACCUAGUUUGGACCACCCCAUCGAGGCCACCGAGAGAGUCCAGGGUGGUGGCGCCUCAAACACAGUGAAGUUCUGGUUUGCUACUGGUGGGGCUGGGUUCUGCCUGAGCAGAGGUCUUGCUCUCAAAAUGAGUCCAUGGGCCAGCCUAGGCAGCUUCAUGAGCACAGCCGAGCGGGUACGGCUCCCUGAUGACUGCACGGUAGGCUACAUUGUGGAGGGGCUUCUGGGCGCCCGUCUGCGCCACAGCCCCCUCUUCCAUUCCCACCUGGAGAACCUGCAGAGACUGCCGUCCGAUGCCGUUCUGCAGCAGGUCACCCUGAGCUAUGGGGGUCCUGAGAACCCACGUAAUGUGGUGAAUGUAGCCGGAGGUUUCAGUAUACAGCAGGACCCUACACGGUUCCAGUCUGUGCACUGCCUUCUCUACCCAGACACCCACUGGUGCCCUAUGAAGAACAGGGGUGAGGUAGCUUUUCAAUAACUGAUGACCCCUGGUGGCUCCCUCAGGCCUUGGAUUCGGCAGCAGAAGACGAAACUGCUCGAAGGCCUCCCACAAUCCUUCUUCCAGUUGGGACACAAGGUUCCUCGGGAUCGUGAGGACAGCUGGACUGUGUGCGGAGAUCAUCCAAGAGCAACAAGAAAAGUAAUGCC